GGGAGGUGCCUGAGCCGCAUCCUCCGCCCCAGGCAUGGCGCUGCGCGACGUCGCGGGACUCGCUCUGCUGCUGCUGCCGCUGCUGGCGCCCGGGCUCUCGGCCGGGGACUGCCCGUGCUCCGAGGCUGCGCUCUGCCGGCCGAUCCGCCAACGCCGCGACUUCGAGGUCUUUGUAUUUGAUGUUGGACAGAAGACCUGGAAAUCUUAUGACUGGUCACAGAUUACAACUGUGGCAGUUUUUGGAAAAUAUGACUCAGAACUUAUGUGUUACGCUCAUUCAAAAGGAGCCAGAGUAGUGCUAAAAGGUGAUGUCUCCCUGAAGGAUAUCAUUGACCCUACCUUCAGAGCAUCGUGGAUAGCUCAAAAAGUGAAUUUGGCCAAAAUACAAUAUAUGGAUGGAAUUAAUAUAGACAUAGAGCAAGAAGUUGAUUGCUCAUCACCUGAGUAUGGAGCCCUGACAGCUUUGGUUGAGGAAACCACGGAGCACUUCCAUCGGGAGAUUCAGGGGUCUCAGGUAACCUUUGAUGUAGCUUGGUCACCAAAGAACAUAGACAAAAGGUGCUAUAAUUAUACUGGAAUUGCGGCUGCCUGUGAUUUUCUCUUCGUGAUGUCUUACGAUGAACAAAGUCAGAUCUGGUCAGAAUGUAUUGCAGCAGCCAAUGCUCCCUAUAAUCAGACAUUAACUGGAUACAGUGACUACAUCAGGAUGGGCAUUAGCCCUAAGAAACUCGUAAUGGGUGUUCCCUGGUACGGUUAUGAUUACCCCUGCCUGAAUCUAUCACAGGAUGACGUGUGCACCAUUGCAAAGAUCCCUUUUCGAGGGGCGCCAUGCAGUGAUGCUGCAGGCCGCCAGGUGCCCUACAAAGUGAUCAUGGAGCAAGCAAAUAGUUCAGUUUCUGGAAGCCAGUGGAAUAAAGACCAGCAAGCUCCUUAUUAUAACUACCAGGAUCCUGCUGGCCAUUUUCAUCAAGUGUGGUAUGAUAACCCCCAGAGCAUUUCACUAAAGGCGGCAUACGUCAAAAAUUAUGGCUUGCGGGGCAUUGGCAUGUGGAAUGCAGACUGUCUUGACUACUCAGAAGAUGCUCUAGCCAGACAGCAAACAGAAGAAAUGUGGGGAGCUUUACAGCCAAGGCUUUGAUAGAGAGAGAAGCAUCUGUUGUCAGACUAUUAUACUUAAAAGAAUGAGCUGUUUAAGUGGGUCUAACUUCCUGUAUAUAUUCUGUCAAGCUGACAUAACUUAUCUAUGGUGUACUCAACACAUGGGUAAGAAAUAAAGAAACUCUUCAUUAGAACACAAAAGAUAUAUAUAUAUAUACAUAUAGAUAGAUGGAUAGAUAUAGAUAGAUAGGUAGAUAGAUAGAUAGCUCUAACUUUAAUAUCCAGGAAUAUAAAAACAAAAAACAAGUCAAACAUGCUAUUAAAUAUUCUUCUAUGUUUUAAUAUUAUAGUUUAAUUAGGAAAAUUGCUUUCAAAAUUUCAUGCUGAAUUUUCUCUCCUGGUAUUAAAAUAUACUGUUAAAAAUCAUUACUGAUUUAAAAAAAUAUGUGUGCCUGGCGGUGGUGGCGCAUGCCUUUAAUCCCAGCACUCGGGAGGCAGAGGCAGGCAGAUCUCUGUGAGUUCGAGGCCAGGCUGGACCAACAGCCUCCAAAAAACCAAAAACCAAAAAAAUAAAAAUAAAAAUAAAAAAAUAUGCGUAACCAGUAGACAAGAGAAGAUAAUGGGGUGGGAAAUGAAUAUGAUCAAAUUAUAUUAUACACAUAUGUAAGAAUAUCAGAAUGGAGCCCAUUAUUUUUUACAAUUAAUACAUGCUAAUAAAAAAUUAACAAGAACUAUGUGUAUCUUGAAAUGGAAAUUGUUGGCUUCAAACAGUCUUUAUGACCUAGUCUUUGAGAAGCAGUGUAUGUGAAUUUAUUUUCAACAAAUGUUAAAUUUCGAAUCAGGAAUUUGGAAUCUCUUUAUGUUGAUUAAAAUGAUUAGACAUGA